AUGAACCGUGGAAGUUAUAUGGGGCUGGUGAAUCGUCUAAACCUAGAAGAAGAGCAAAGUCGUGAGUACGACUCUUCGAAAGAUCACAUUGUUAUUGAGCAGUAUUCCAGCACAAACGAGGCCGAAUCGUUGCGUUCCAUUCCUGGUUUCAAGUUGCCUCCCAGCGAUCACAAAGUGUGGAGUGGCGUGUACCAGCACAACCCUCUGGAGAUCCAGAUCCGCUACACACUGAAGAAUCCUGAAGUUGGAAUCUUUUUUCGCACGGACCCCACUCCGCACGUGUAUUCGUGGAGUUCGUUUUUCUCUGGCAAGCAGGAGGAAAGUCUCUGUAACGGAGUGAGAACGUGGGUGCCGUGCAUCGACAACGAGCUGGAGCGCUGUCUUUGGGAGCUGGAGAUCAUCGUUCCUUCGACCUUCUCUGUGUGGGCAAGCGGCAAGCUGGUAAAGAAAACACUAACGAAAGGCGAUCAGAAAACCAUCUUCCUCUUCUCCUCUCAAACGCCCAUGUCCGCAUCCUCGAUCGGAUUUGUGGCCGGCGAGUUCCACGAGCAAGUGAAGACGCACGAGAACCAAAUCAUCGCUGCGAUUACGCGAGUCCAUCACUACAUGAUCAACUAUGCCGCGGCGACCGUCGACAAGGCAGUCAGUUUUCUCGAUAGUAUUAUCAUGAACGAUUCGAUUUUGCAUUAUAAGCUCAUUCAGUCGACCGUUGUGGCGUUCGUAACCGAUUCUCCAGAGCCCUACUCGGUCUCGUAUGGACUGAUUUUGAUCAAUCGCAAUCAGCUGAUCGGAGAGAAGGACUUCAGCCAUAUCCCCGAGUUUCAUCAUUUGAUUUGUCUCUGUCUCGCCUUCCAGUACUAUGGAAUCUUGAUCCAGCCGCUCACAUGGUCGGAUAGCUGGAUUUGCAUGGGAAUCUCUUCUUUUCUGGGGAUGAAGUUCAUGGAGUAUGCGUUCAACAAGGAAACGGCGGACUAUUUAACGCUGCGAUUUCGAGAUGCUGCGUUUUUCAUCGAGGAUUUGAUUGCUGGAAUCUCGACGGACCAGGGAAAUCGAUCAACCAUCAUGAACAAUCGUCCGUUGGCCGCGGGGAAUGGCGCUGUAUUCUCGAAUUCCCCCUUUUUGACGCCUCUGUUCUUUGUGAAAUCGCCGAUCGUGAUUUCUCUCAUCUCGCAGCAGUGCGGUGAGAGCUACUUUUACCAGUUGCUUCACUCGAUGAUUCACACGUGCUAUCAGCGAUUAGAGGAACAGAGCGCGAUUCAUCAAGCCAUCGUGAUGCUGCUGCCUCUCUCGAAGCUUCUUGCCAAGGGGACGAACGACUCGAAGCCCAGCGAUCUGUCCUCCUUUCGCUCCUCUCUGCAAUGGAUCGAAGGAAGUGUGCUCAGUCGCUCUUCUCUGGAUAUGCGUUUUCCUGAGCCUGCUUCCAAACGUGUCCGUACGAUCGAAACUGCCCAGUCCGGAGCGGGUAUGAAGAGCGAAGUGUCUCAUUCUCAGAAGGAUUAUCCCAGUUGGCUUCGGUGA